UUGUGUUGGUUUGAUCUAAACUAUGUACAUGAACUUUUUGUUUGACUCUUGCCUAUCAGGAAGUGCAGUGUAGAUGUUGGCCUUCCCUCGAGUCUCUCAACAAUGCCCGUGUUGCUGCAAACGCAUUUCCCUCUCUCUCUGAACUCACUGCGUUACCCUUAUCUCUUCCCAAACCCUUAUUGUCAUUCCUUUCUCAUAAUCCCCACCAAACCCCUUCUGCGAUUCAAUGCCGCAAUUGCAUUCUCCGCUCGCCGGACUCCGCCGCACCGUUCGCCGGCGUCUCCCACAGCCUCCGCUGCCGACCGCCAGGAACGUCCACAGACGCCACCGCUCAAGGCUUAUGCGCGCGUCGCCGUCUCCGCCGUCAUGUUCCUCUGCUUCGGCGUUCGCCUCUGUUUGGCCUCUUCGCCGCCAGCGGCGGCUCUACCCGCUGGUUCUCCACCGGUUCAGGAGGAGAAAAAUGUUGUUCAAGAUGAUCAUGAUGGAAGAAAACAAGACAACAAAGAAACUGUUGUAGACAAGGAAUUAGAAGAAGCUUUUAAUACCUGGAAAUCUAAAACAUUUGCUUUGACUGUUCCUCUGAAAGUUGUUGCUCUACGCAGCUCCAUACCUCCUUCAUGGAUAAAGGACUUCAUAAAUUCUCAAGGGAGGAGGAUGAAGUUUAACGUGAAGUAUUAUGCAAGUCUUGAGAAUAUCUUUUCUGAUCUAUCAAUUCCCUUUACUAAAGGUAGAAUUGGCCCAGCAUCUGCUUUGGCAGCAGAUAUUGUUGGUAUUGGCGAUUCAUGGCUCAAAUUUGCUAUUAAAAAAGCUUUUAUUGAGCCAAUUAGAGAUGUAGAAGAUCAGGAAUGGUUUAAAAGCUUAGAUGACAAAUGGAAGGUAUACUUACGCAGGAACUGUGAGGGGGAAAUAGAUCCUAAAGGUGAUAUAUGGGCUGCUCCAUAUCGAUGGGGCUGCAUGGUAAUAGCUUACAAGACAAAUAAAUUUCAAAAGCAUAAGUUGGCUCCUAUAGAGGACUGGGCAGAUCUGUGGAGGCCUGAUCUUGCAGGGAGAAUUUCAAUGGUUGAUUCUCCUAGGGAAGUUGUUGGUGCAGUUUUGAAGUACAUGGGGGCUUCCUACAAUACAAAUGAUAUCAACGCAGAAGUUAAUGGUGGGAGAGAUGCUGUUAAACAUAAUCUGGCUUUGCUAGCCAAACAGGUCCGACUCUUUGAUAGUUCAAACUAUUUAAAGGCUUUUGGAGUUGGAGAUGUGUGGGUAGCUGUUGGAUGGAGUAGUGAUAUUAUUCCUGCUGCUAAACGCCUAUCUAAUGUUGCCGUCGUAGUUCCAAAGUCAGGAGCAAGUUUAUGGGCAGAUCUUUGGAAUGAUUUAAUACGGUAUCUGGAAACUGGUAAUGAAAUCCUCUCAAUGGGAAAUUUUCUAUAA